GGCGGCGGCAGCUGCUGCAGAACAGGUGAAGCUUUAUUCUAAGAGUAUUUGUUUCAUCUAGUUUAUGAGCCCAAAUGAUAUAGACUCUAAAUGUUUGUACAACAGUAGUGAAAGACUGCUCUGUCAUGAGCACCGACAGUAACUCAUUGGCACGUGAAUUUCUGACCGAUGUCAACCGGCUUUGCAAUGCAGUGGUCCAGAGGGUGGAGAUCAGGGAGGAAGAAGAAGAGGAGACACACAUGGCAACCCUUGGACAGUACCUUGUCCAUGGUCGAGGAUUUCUGUUACUUACCAAGCUAAAUUCUAUCAUUGAUCAGGCAUUGACAUGUAGAGAAGAACUCCUGACUCUUCUUCUGUCUCUCCUUCCACUGGUAUGGAAGAUACCUGUUCAAGAAGAAAAGGCAACAGAUUUUAAUCUACCGCUGUCAGCUGAUAUAAUCCUGACCAAAGAAAAGAACUCAAGUUCACAAAGAUCCACUCAGGAAAAAUUACAUUUAGAAGGAAGUGCCCUGUCUAGUCAGGUUUCUGCAAAAGUAAAUGUUUUUCGAAAAAGCAGACGACAACGUAAAAUUACCCAUCGCUAUUCUAUUAGAGAUGCAAGAAAGACACAGCUCUCCACCUCCGAUUCAGAAGCCAAUUCAGAUGAAAAAAGCAUAGCAAUGAAUAAGCAUAGAAGGCCUCAUCUGCUGCAGCAUUUUGCAACACCGUUUCCUAAAGAAGACCACCCUAAAGCUAAACUUGACCACUUAGUGACCAAAGAAGAACAUACUCCUCCAGAUACUAUGGCUUCAGAAAAUUCCAGAGAGAGUAUUCCAAGACAGGAGUCAAACACUGACAUUUUAAGUGAGCCAGCUGCCUUGUCUGUUAUCAGUAACAUGAACAAUUCUCCAUUUGAUUUAUGUCAUGUUUUGUUAUCUUUAUUAGAAAAAGUUUGUAAGUUUGACAUUACCUUGAAUCAUAAUUCUCCUCUAGCAGCCAGUGUAGUGCCCACACUAACUGAAUUCCUAGCAGGCUUUGGGGACUGCUGUAGUCUGAGCGACAACUUGGAGAGUCGAGUGGUUUCUGCAGGUUGGACUGAAGAACCAGUGGCUUUGAUUCAACGGAUGCUGUUUCGAACAGUGUUGCAUCUGAUGUCAGUAGAUGUUAGUACUGCAGAGAUGAUGCCAGAAAAUCUUAGGAAAAACUUAACUGAAUUACUUAGGGCAGCUUUAAAAAUUAGAACAUGCCUAGAAAAGCAGCCUGAACCUUUUGCACCAAGACAAAAGAAAACACUGCAAGAGGUUCAGGAAGAUUUUGUGUUUUCAAAGUAUCGUCAUAGAGCCCUUCUUUUACCUGAGCUUCUGGAAGGAGUUCUUCAGAUUCUGAUCUGUUGUCUUCAAAGUGCAGCUUCAAAUCCUUUCUACUUCAGUCAAGCCAUGGAGUUGGUUCAAGAAUUCAUUCAGCAUCAUGGAUUUAAUUUAUUUGAAACAGCAGUUCUUCAAAUGGAAUGGCUGAUUUUAAGAGAUGGAGUUCCUCCCGAGGCCUCAGAGCAUUUGAAAGCCCUAAUAAAUAGUGUGAUGAAAAUAAUGAGCACUGUCAAAAAAGUGAAAUCAGAGCAACUUCAUCAUUCAAUGUGUACAAGAAAAAGGCACAGACGAUGUGAAUAUUCUCAUUUUAUGCAUCAUCACCGAGAUCUCUCAGGUCUUCUGGUUUCAGCUUUUAAAAAUCAGGUUUCCAAAAACCCAUUUGAAGAGACUGCAGAUGGAGAUGUUUAUUAUCCUGAGCGGUGCUGUUGCAUUGCAGUGUGUGCUCAUCAGUGCUUGCGCUUACUACAGCAGGCUUCCUUGAGCAGCACUUGUGUCCAGAUCCUAUCGGGUGUUCAUAACGUUGGAAUAUGCUGUUGUAUGGAUCCCAAAUCUGUAAUCAUUCCUUUGCUCCAUGCUUUUAAGUUGCCAGCACUGAAAAGUUUUCAGCAGCAUAUAUUGAAUAUCCUUAACAAACUAAUUUUGGAUCAGUUAGGAGGAGCAGAGGUAUCGCAAAAAAUCAAAAAAGCAGCUUGUAAUAUUUGUACCGUUGACUCUGACCAACUAGCCCAAUUAGAAGAGACACUUCAGGGAAACUUAGGUGAUGCUGAACCCUCCUCAAGUUUAUCCAGUCCUUCUUACAGAUUUCAAGGGAUCCUGCCCAGCAGUGGAUCUGAAGAUCUGUUAUGGAAGUGGGAUGCUUUAAAGGCUUAUCAGAACUUUGUUUUUGAAGAAGACAGGUUGCAUAGUAUACAGAUUGCAAAUCACAUUUGCAGUUUAAUCCAGAAAGGCAAUAUAGUUGUUCAAUGGAAACUGUAUAAUUACAUAUUUAAUCCUGUGCUCCAAAGAGGAGUCGAAUUAGCACAUCAUUGUCAACAGCUAAGCAUUGCUUCAGCCCAGACUCAUGUUUGUAGCCAUUAUAACCAGUGCUUGCCUCAGGACGUGCUUCAGAUUUAUGUAAAAACUCUGCCUAUCCUGCUUAAAUCCAGGGUAAUAAGAGAUCUUUUUUUGAGUUGUAAUGGAGUAAAUCAAAUAAUUGAAUUAAAUUACUUAAAUGAUAUUCGAAGUCAUUCUCUAAAAGCAUUUGAAACUCUGAUAAUCAGCCUAGGGGAGCAACAGAAAGAUGCUUCAGUUCCAAGUAUCGAUGGGAUAGACAUUGAACAAAAGGAGUUGUCCUCUAUAAAUGUAGGUACUUCUUUCCAUCACCAGCAAGCUUAUUCAGAUUCUCCUCAGAGUCUCAGCAAAUUUUAUGCUGGCCUCAAAGAAGCUUAUCCAAAGAGAUGGAAGACUGUUAACCAGGAUGUUCAUAUCAACACAAUAAACCUGUUCCUCUGUGUGGCGUUUUUAUGCAUAAGUAAAGAAGCAGAGUCUGAUAAGGAGUCAGCCAAUGAUUCAGAAGAUACUUCUGGCUAUGACAGCACAGCCAGUGAGCCUUUAAGUCAUAUGCUGCCAUGUUUAUCUCUCGAGAGCCUUGUCUUGCCUUCUCCUGAACAUAUGCACCAAGCAGCAGACAUUUGGUCUAUGUGUCGUUGGAUCUACAUGUUGAGUUCAGUCUUUCAGAGACAGUUUUAUAGGCUUGGUGGUUUCCGAGUAUGCCAUAAAUUAAUAUUUAUGAUAAUACAGAAACUGUUCAGAAGUCACAAAGAGGAGCAAGGAAAAAAGGAGGAAGAUACAAAUGUAAAUGAAAACCAGGAUUUAAACAGAAUUUCUGAACCUGAGAUAACUAUGAAGGAAGAUAUAUUAUCUUUGACUAUAAAAAGUGACCCAAUACCAUCAGAACUAGGUACUUUAAAAAAGAGUACUGAAAGUUUAGGUAAAUUAGAGUUACAGCAUAUUUCUUCCAUAAAUGUGGAACAAAUUUCAGCUACUGAAGCUGCUCCCAAGGAAGCAAAGGUAUUUACAAAUCAAGAAAGUGAGACCUCACUUCAGAGUAUACGACUUUUAGAAGCUCUUCUGGCCAUUUGUCUUCAUAGCGCCAGAACUAGUCAACAGAAGAUGGAAUUGGAGUUACCUAAUCAGAACUUGUCUGUGGAAAAUAUAUUAUUUGAAAUGAGGGACCAUCUUUCCCAGUCAAAGGUGAUUGAAACACAGUUAGCAAAGCCUUUAUUUGAUGCCCUGCUUCGAGUUGCCCUCGGGAAUUAUUCAGCAGAUUUUGAACAUAAUGAUGCUAUGACUGAGAAGAGUCAUCAGUCUGCAGAAGAAUUGUCAUCCCAGCCUGGCAAUUUUUCAGAAGAAGCUGAGGAUUCUCAGUGUUGCAGUUUUAAACUUUUAGUUGAAGAAGAAGGUUAUGAAGCAGAUAGUGAAAGCAAUCCUGAAGAUGGUGAAACCCAGGAUGAUGGGGUAGACUUAAAGUCUGAAACAGAAGGUUUCAGUACAUCAAGCAGUCCAAAUGACUUACUUGAAAACCUCACUAAAGGGGAAAUAAUAUAUCCUGAGAUUUGUAUGCUGGAAUUAAAUUUGCUUUCUGCUGAUAAAGCCAAACUUGAUGUGCUUGCCCAUGUAUUUGAGAGUUUUUUGAAAAUUAUUAGGCAGAAAGAAAAGAAUGUUUUUCUGCUCAUGCAACAGGGAACUGUGAAAAAUCUUUUAGGAGGGUUCUUGAGUAUUUUAACACAGGCUGAUUCUGAUUUUCAAGCAUGCCAGAGAGCAUUGGUGGAUCUUCUGGUGUCUUUGAUGAGUUCAAGAACAUGUUCAGAAGAGCUAAUCCUUCUUUUGAGAAUAUUUCUGGAGAAAUCUCCUUGUACAAAAAUUCUUCUUCUGGGUAUUCUGAAAAUUAUUGAAAGUGAUACUACUAUGAGCCCUUCACAGUAUCUAACCUUCCCUUUACUGCACACCCCAAAUUUAAGCAAUGGUGUUUCAUCACAAAAGUAUCCUGGGGUUUUAAACAGUAAGGCCAUGGGUUUAUUGAGAAGAGCACGAGUUUCACGGAGCAAGAAAAAGGCUGACAGAGAGAGUUUUCCCCAUCGGCUGCUUUCGUCUUGGCACGUAGCCCCAGUCCACCUGCCAUUGCUGGGGCAAAACUGCUGGCCACACCUAUCAGAAGGUUUCAGUGUUUCACUGUGGUUUAAUGUGGAGUGCAUCCAUGAAGCUGAGAGUACCACAGAAAAAGGAAAGAAGAUAAAGAAAAGAAACAAAAUUUUACGAGAUAGCAGUUUUGAUGGUACAGACAGCGACAGACCAGAAGGUGCAGAGUACAUAAAUCCUGGUGAAAGACUCAUAGAAGAAGGAUGUAUUCAUAUCAUUUCACUGGGAUCCAAAGCGUUGAUGAUCCAAGUGUGGGCUGAUCCCCACAGUGCCACUUUUAUCUUUCGUGUGUGCAUGGAUUCCAAUGAUGACAUGAAAGCUGUUUUACUGGCACAGGUUGAAUCACAGGAGAAUAUUUUCCUCCCAAGCAAAUGGCAACAUUUAGUACUUACCUACUUACAGCACCCCCAAGGGAAAAAGAAGAUUCACGGGAAAAUCUCCAUAUGGGUCUCUGGACAGAGGAAGCCUGAUGUUAUUUUGGAUUUUAUGCUUCCAAGAAAAACAAGUUUGUCAUCUGAUAGCAAUAAAACAUUUUGCAUGAUUGGCCAUUGUUUAUCAUCCCAAGAAGAGUUUUUGCAGUUGGCUGGAAAAUGGGACCUGGGAAAUUUGCUUCUCUUCAAUGGAGCUAAGGUUGGUUCACAAGAGGCCUUUUAUUUGUAUGCUUGUGGACCCAACCAUACUUCUAUAAUGCCAUGUAAGUAUGGCAAGCCAGUGAAUGACUACUCCAAAUAUAUUAAUAAAGAAAUUUUGCGAUGUGAACAAAUCAGAGAACUUUUUAUGACCAAGAAAGAUGUGGAUAUUGGUCUCUUAAUUGAAAGUCUUUCAGUUGUUUAUACAACUUACUGUCCUGCUCAGUACACUAUCUAUGAGCCAGUGAUCAGACUUAAAGGUCAAAUGAAAACUCAACUCUCUCAAAGACCCUUCAGCUCAAAAGAAGUUCAGAGCAUCUUAUUAGAACCUCAUCAUCUAAAGAAUCUCCAGCCUACUGAAUAUAAAACUAUUCAAGGCAUUCUGCAUGAAAUUGGUGGAACUGGUAUAUUUGUUUUUCUCUUUGCUAGGGUUGUUGAACUCAGUAGCUGUGAAGAAACUCAAGCAUUAGCACUGCGAAUUAUACUAUCAUUAAUUAAAUACAACCAACAAAGAGUACAUGAAUUAGAAAAUUGUAAUGGGCUUUCUAUGAUUCAUCAGGUGUUGAUCAAACAAAAAUGCAUUGUUGGCUUUUACAUUUUGAAGACCCUUCUUGAAGGAUGCUGUGGUGAAGAUGUUAUUUAUAUGAAUGAGAAUGGAGAGUUUAAGUUACAUGUGGAGUCUAAUGCUAUAAUCCAAGAUGUUAAGCUGUUAGAGGAACUAUUGCUUGACUGGAAGAUAUGGAAUAAAGCAGAGCAAGGUGUUUGGGAAACUUUGCUAGCAGCUCUGGAAGUCCUCAUCAGAGCAGAUCACCACCAGCAGAUGUUUAAUAUCAAGCAGUUACUGAAAGCUCAAGUGGUUCAUCACUUUUUACUGACUUGUCAGGUUUUGCAGGAACACAAAGAGGGGCAACUCACAUCUAUGCCCCGAGAGGUUUGUAGAUCAUUUGUGAAAAUUAUAGCAGAAGUCCUUGGAUCUCCUCCAGAUUUGGAAUUAUUGACAAUUAUCUUCAAUUUCCUUUUAGCGGUUCACCCUCCUACUAAUACUUACGUUUGUCACAACCCCACAAACUUCUACUUUUCUUUGCACAUAGAUGGCAAGAUCUUUCAGGAGAAAGUACAGUCAAUCAUGUACCUGAGGCAUUCCAGCAGCGGAGGAAGGUCCCUUAUGAGCCCUGGAUUUAUGGUAAUAAGCCCAUCUGGUUUUACUGCUUCACCAUAUGAAGGAGAGAAUUCCUCCAAUAUUAUUCCACAACAGAUGGCUGCCCAUAUGCUGCGUUCUAGAAGCCUACCAGCAUUCCCUACUUCUUCACUACUAAUGCAAUCACAAAAACUGACUGGAAGUUUGGGUUGUAGUAUUGACAGGUUACAAAAUAUUGCAGAUACUUACAUUGCCACCCAAUCAGAGAAACAAAAUUCUUUCGGGAGUUCCAACACACUGAAAAAAGGCAAAGAGGAUGCAUUCAUCAGUAGCUGUGAGUCUGCAAAAACUGUUUGUGAAAUGGAAGCUCUCCUCUCAGCCCAGGUCUCCGUCAGUGAUGUUCCAAAAGGAAUGCUGGGAUUUCCAGUGGUCAAAGUAAAUCACAAAGAGUUGGGAGCAGAACCCAGAUCAGAAGAUGACAGUCCUGGGGAUGAGUCCUGCCCACGCCGACCUGAUUACCUAAAGGGAUUGGCCUCCUUCCAGCGAAGCCACAGCACUAUUGCAAGCCUUGGGCUAGCUUUUCCUUCACAGAAUGGAGCUGCAGCUGUUGGCCGUUGGCCAAGUCUUGUUGACGGGAGCACUGAUGAUUGGGAAAACUUUGCUUAUUCUCUUGGUUAUGAACCAAAUUACAGCCAAACUGCAAGUGCUCACAGUGUAACUGAAGAUUGUUUGGUACCUAUAUGCUGUGGAUUAUAUGAACUCUUAAGUGGGGUUCUUCUUAUCCUGCCUGAUAUUAUGCUUGAAGAUGUGAUGGACAAGCUUAUUCAAGCAGAUACACUUUUGGUCCUCGUUAACCACCCAUCAGCAGCUAUACAACAAGGUGUUAUUAAACUAUUAGAUGCAUAUUUUGCUAGAGCAUCUAAGGAACAAAAAGAUAAAUUUCUGAAGAAUCGUGGAUUUUCCUUGCUGGCCAACCAGUUGUAUCUUCAUCGAGGAACUCAAGAAUUGUUAGAAUGCUUCAUUGAAAUGUUCUUUGGUCGACGUGUUGGCUUUGAUGAAGAAUUUGAUCUGGAAGAUGUGAAAAACUUGGGACUUUUUCAGAAGUGGUCUGUCAUUCCUAUUCUGGGACUAAUAGAGACCUCUCUAUAUGACAACAUACUCUUGCAUAAUGCUCUUUUACUUCUUCUCCAAAUUUUAAAUUCUUGUUCUAAGGUAGCAGAUAUGUUGCUGGAUAAUGGUCUACUCUAUGUGUUAUGUAAUACAGUAGCAGCCCUGAAUGGAUUAGAAAAGAACAUUCCUGUGAGUGAAUAUAAAUUGCUUGCUUGUGAUAUACAGCAACUUUUCAUAGCAGUUACAAUUCAUGCCUGCAGUUCCUCGGGCUCACAAUAUUUUAGGGUUAUUGAAGACCUUAUUGUAAUGCUUGGAUAUCUUCAAAAUAGCAAAAACAAGAGGACACAAAAUAUGGCUGUUGCACUACAGCUUAGAGUUCUCCAGGCUGCUAUGGAAUUUAUAAGGACCACUGCAAAUCAUGACUCUGAAAACCUCACAGAUUCACUACAGUCACCUUCUGCUCCCCAUCAUGCCAUAGUUCAAAAGCGGAAAAGCAUUGCCGGUCCUCGAAAAUUUCCCCUUGCUCAAACUGAAUCGCUUCUGAUGAAAAUGCGUUCAGUGGCAAAUGAUGAGCUUCACGUGAUGAUGCAACGGAGAAUGAGCCAGGAGAACCCUAGCCAAGCAACUGAAACAGAACUUUCACAGAGACUGCAGAGACUCACCAUUUUAGCAGUCAACAGGAUUAUUUAUCAAGAGUUUAAUUCAGACAUUAUUGACAUUUUGAGAACUCCAGAAAAUGUAACUCAAAGCAAGACCUCAGUUUUCCAGACCGAAAUUUCUGAGGAAUGUAUUCAUCAUGAACAGUCUUCUGUUUCUAAUCCAUUUCAGAAAGAAAUUUUUACAUAUCUGAUAGAAGGAUUCAAAGUAUCUAUUGGUUCAAGUAAAACCAGUGGUUCCAAGCAGCAGUGGACCAAAAUUCUAUGGUCUUGUAAGGAAACCUUCCGAAUGCAGCUUGGGAGGCUAUUAGUGCAUAUUUUGUCACCAGCCCACGCUGCACAAGAGAGAAAGCAAAUUUUUGAAAUAGUUCAUGAACCAAAUCAUCAGGAAAUACUACGAGACUGUCUCAGCCCAUCCCUACAACAUGGAGCCAAGUUAGUUUUAUAUUUAUCAGAGUUGAUACAUAAUCACCAAGAUGAAUUGACUGAAGAAGAGCUAGACACAGCAGAACUGCUUAUGAAUGCUUUGAAGUUAUGUGGUCACAAGUGCAUCCCUCCCAGUGCAUCAACAAAAGCAGACCUUAUUAAAAUAAUUAAAGAGGAACAAAAGAAAUAUGAAACUGAAGAAGGAGUGAAUAAAGCUGCUUGGCAGAAAACUGUUAAUAAUAACCAACAAAGUCUCUUUCAGCGUCUAGAUUCAAAAUCAAAGGAUAUAUCUAAAAUAGCGGCAGAUAUUACCCAGGCAGUGUCUCUCUCCCAAGGAAUUGAGAGAAAAAAGGUGAUCCAGCAUAUCAGAGGAAUGUAUAAAGUAGAUUUGAGCGCCAGCAGACAUUGGCAGGAACUUAUUCAGCAACUGACACAUGAUAGAGCAGUAUGGUAUGACCCCAUCUACUACCCAACCUCAUGGCAGUUGGAUCCAACAGAAGGGCCAAAUCGAGAGAGGAGACGUUUACAGAGGUGUUAUUUAACUAUUCCAAAUAAGUAUCUCCUUAGGGAUAGACAAAAAUCAGAAGAGGUUGUCAAACCACCACUCUCUUACCUAUUUGAAGACAAAACUCAUUCUUCUUUCUCUUCUACUGUCAAAGACAAAGCUGCAAGUGAAUCUAUAAGAGUAAAUCGAAGAUGUAUCAGUGUUGCACCAUCUAGAGAGACAGCUGGUGAGUUGUUACUAGGUAAAUGUGGAAUGUAUUUUGUGGAAGAUAAUGCUUCUGAUACAGUUGAAAGUUCGAGCCUUCAGGGAGAGUUGGAGCCAGCAUCAUUUUCCUGGACAUAUGAAGAAAUUAAAGAAGUUCACAAGCGUUGGUGGCAAUUGAGAGAUAAUGCUGUAGAAAUCUUUCUAACAAAUGGCAGAACACUCCUGUUGGCAUUUGAUAACACCAAGGUUCGUGAUGAUGUAUACCACAAUAUACUCACGAAUAACCUCCCUAAUCUUCUGGAAUAUGGUAACAUCACCGCUCUGACAAAUUUAUGGUAUACUGGACAAAUUACUAAUUUUGAAUAUUUGACUCACUUAAACAAACAUGCUGGCCGAUCCUUCAAUGAUCUCAUGCAGUAUCCUGUGUUCCCAUUUAUACUUGCUGACUAUGUUAGUGAGACACUUGACCUCAAUGAUCCAUUGAUUUACAGAAAUCUCUCUAAACCUAUAGCUGUGCAGUAUAAAGAAAAAGAAGAUCGUUAUGUGGACACAUAUAAGUACCUGGAGGAAGAGUACCGCAAAGGAGCCAGAGAAGAUGACCCCAUGCCUCCCGUGCAGCCCUAUCACUAUGGCUCUCACUAUUCCAACAGUGGCACUGUACUUCACUUCCUGGUUAGGAUGCCUCCUUUCACUAAAAUGUUUUUAGCCUAUCAAGAUCAAAGUUUUGACAUUCCAGACAGAACUUUUCAUUCUACGAAUACAACUUGGCGACUCUCAUCUUUUGAAUCUAUGACUGAUGUGAAAGAACUUAUUCCAGAGUUUUUCUAUCUUCCAGAGUUCCUGGUUAACCGUGAAGGUUUUGAUUUUGGUGUGCGUCAGAAUGGUGAACGAGUUAAUCACGUCAACCUCCCUCCUUGGGCACGUAAUGAUCCUCGUCUUUUUAUCCUCAUCCAUCGGCAGGCUCUAGAGUCUGACUGUGUGUCCCAGAACAUCUGUCAGUGGAUUGACUUGGUGUUUGGGUAUAAGCAAAAGGGGAAAGCUUCUGUUCAAGCAAUCAAUGUUUUUCAUCCUGCUACAUAUUUUGGAAUGGAUGUCUCUGCAGUUGAAGAUCCAGUUCAGAGACGAGCCCUGGAAACCAUGAUAAAAACCUAUGGGCAGACUCCCCGUCAGCUGUUCCAUACAGCCCAUGUGAGCAGACCUGGAGCCAAGCUCAACAUUGAAGGAGAGCUUCCAGCUGCUGUGGGGUUGCUAGUGCAGUUUGCUUUCAGGGAGACCCGAGAACAGGUCAAAGAAAUCACCUAUCCGAGUCCUUUAUCAUGGAUAAAAGGCUUGAAAUGGGGGGAGUACGUGGGUUCCCCAAGUGCUCCAGUACCUGUGGUCUGCUUCAGCCAGCCCCAUGGAGAAAGAUUCGGUUCUCUCCAGGCUCUGCCCACCAGAGCAAUCUGUGGUUUGUCACGAAAUUUCUGUCUUCUGAUGACUUAUAGCAAGGAACAAGGUGUGAGAAGCAUGAACAGUACGGACAUUCAGUGGUCAGCCAUCCUGAGCUGGGGAUAUGCUGAUAAUAUUUUAAGGUUGAAGAGUAAACAAAGUGAACCUCCAGUAAACUUCAUUCAAAGUUCACAACAGUACAAGGUGACUAGUUGUGCUUGGGUGCCUGACAGCUGCCAGCUGUUUACUGGAAGCAAAUGCGGUGUUAUCACAGCCUACACAAACAGAUUUACAAGCAGCACGCCAUCAGAGAUAGAAAUGGAGACUCAGAUACAUCUCUAUGGUCACACAGAAGAGAUAACCAGUUUAUUUGUUUGCAAACCGUACAGUAUACUGAUAAGUGUGAGCAGAGACGGAACGUGCAUCAUAUGGGAUUUAAACAGGUUAUGCUAUGUACAAAGUCUGGCAGGACAUAAAAGCCCUGUCACGGCUGUUUCUGCCAGUGAAACCUCAGGUGACAUUGCUACUGUGUGUGAUUCAGCUGGCGGAGGCAGUGACCUCAGACUCUGGACGGUGAACGGGGAUCUCGUUGGACAUGUCCAUUGCAGGGAGAUUAUUUGUUCUGUGGCUUUCUCCAACCAGCCUGAGGGAGUAUCUAUCAAUGUGAUUGCUGGGGGAUUGGAAAAUGGAAUUGUAAGGUUAUGGAGCACGUGGGACUUGAAGCCUGUGAGAGAAAUUACAUUUCCCAAAUCAAAUAAGCCUAUCAUAAGCCUUACAUUUUCUUGUGAUGGCCACCAUUUGUACACAGCAAACAGUGACGGGACGGUGAUAGCCUGGUGUCGGAAGGACCAGCAGCGCUUGAAACAGCCAAUGUUUUAUUCCUUCCUUAGCAGCUAUGCGGCCGGGUGAAUGGGAAUGAACUUCACAUUCUCCAAAGCACUUUAACUUCAAACUAGACCUGUUGAUUUCACCAGUUUUAGGAGGUUGAACCUGAAGAAAUGGAUGACUGAACAAACCAUCCAAAUAGUGAUAAAGUCGAUUCAUCUGCACAAAAUUCUAAAGACACAAAAUCCCAAGAGGAAAGUUAUGUUCCAUUUUAGUGAUAAUGUGGAAGAUGGUGUCAGUACACACUAGCCAACAAGUUUUAAGCCUUGCAUGGUACAUUAACAUGAUAUUCUUAAAUUUUUUCCCACCAAGGUAUUCCAAAGAAAAUAUUAAGAUCUCCCCUUUUCCUGUUAUUCCAAAAGGACCAGUAGAACUUAAAUUGGUUAGCUAAUUGUUUCUAUGAAGCACACUAAAAUUAUAUGUUAAAAGUUUUCUGCCAUAUAAUACUUCUCCCACCACACACACAUAUUCCAAAA